AUGCCCAACCAAAUCCGCGACCUGCACACCGUUGACAAGGAUAGCCAUCCGUAUAUUUUCGAGCAGAAUGCCACAGUGUCGUUAAAGUCAUCUGAUGGCGCUGUGAGACUGAAUGUAUAUCGACCAAAGACGGACGAGAAAGUGCCCAUACUGGUCACAUAUGGUCCCUAUGGCAAAGACAUUCCAUACGCAGACUUCCACGCCAAAUCAUACGCUGAAGUGAACCCUCAACACAAGUCCGAGCACUCGGUGUGGGAGACGCCUGAUCCAGCGUUUUGGACCAAACAUGGCUACGCCGUAGUCCGAGCCGAUGAGCGAGGUACUGGUCAAAGUCCAGGUCUGCUAGAUACUAUGUCUCGUGGCACAUCCGAAGCCUUUUUCGAGGUUAUUGAAUGGGCAGCUGAACAGCCGUGGUCAACAGGAAAGGUCGGCUUGCUCGGGAUCUCGUACUACGCAGGUACGCAAUGGCGAGUCGCAGCAAGGCAGCCAAAGGGACUCUCUGCAAUUGUGCCUUGGGAGGGAAUGAGUGAUUACUACCGUGAUCGGUGCAGACACGGUGGUAUCCUCAGUGACCAGUUCAUCACUUUCUGGUGGAACCGACAAGUCAUUACAGAUCAGUAUGGUCGACCAGGGCGCAAGGCUGCAAAAUGGGGUCCGGACACAAUUGAAGGCGACCUUAGUGAUGAAGAGCUUGCAAAGAACAGGCAGGACCAGACCAUCGAUAAUGUCAAGAACCAUUUCCGGGAUGAUGAGUACUACGCCACCAAAGACUUCGACUUAGCUAAUAUCAAGGUGCCGCUGUUGUCCGUUGCUAACUGGGGUGGUAUCUUGUUGCACCUUCGCGGCAAUGUGCAGGGGUAUAUGCACGCAGGUUGGGACUUGAAGUACUUGCGCUUCAUCACAGGUCGACAUGAUCUGCCCUUCUAUUACGAAGAGGAGGUCGAAUUACAGCGAAGCUUUCUAGACGCAUUCUUGAAAGGCGAUGAUCGAGUUGGCUGGUCCGAGAAGGGCAAGCUUCCGCCAGUCGACAUGGUAUUGAGGAAAGGCGAUGUUGGCUUCAACGACGCGGAAGCAGAAAAGAAGUAUCCCAGGAGAACCGAGACCGAGUGGCCAAUCGCAAGAACACAAUAUACCCGCUUUCAUCUGCAGCCCGAUCACAGCCUGGUGAAGGAUAAGCCGUACACUGGUGAGGAGGAGAAGGUAUCCUACAAAGCUCUGGGUCUGCUGGCCAACCCACAACUUGUGCAAUUCACCACGCCGGUAUUCGAGCAAGAGACGGAGAUUACGGGCCAUAUCGUAGCACACCUGGCAUUAUCUUCUUCCAAAGCCAACGCUGAGCAGAAAACCACGCCAUCCGAUAUCGACGUCUUCCUGACUCUCAGAUACAUCUCGCCAGAAGGAAAGGAGGUCUUUUAUACCGGCACGGCAGGUGAUCCGGUCCCCUUGACCAAGGGCUGGCUGCGCAUGAGUUUACGAAAAGUCGAAGAUCAGCAUCCGAUGCACAAGGAGUGGCUACCGUACCGCGAGUACAGGAGUACAGACGUCCAAGAAGUGAAGGCAGAUACCGUCUACGAGGCCGAUGUCGAGGUCUGGCCUACUAAUGUCGUGGUUGAGAAGGGCGGCAAACUCAUCUUCGAGGUGUCCAGCGGUGACACCCAGGGAUGUGGUAUUUUUGGACACAAGCAUUCUGUGGAUCGAAGCGAAGAGAAGUUGGGUGGUGUGAACAACUUGCACUUUAGCGACAAGCAUCAGAAUUUUGUGGUGCUUCCAGUUGUGCCCCCAAAAUAG